AUGGCUGCCCCUGCUGCCAAAAGCUGGAAAAAUUCCGAACGCGAAUUCCUCGUUGAUGACAAUACCUUUCGGAAACGGAGUCUACGUCCUGAUGAGUACAUCGUCAAUAUCAAAGGGGACCUUUUUGUCCCACGACAGGGCUACGAGCGGCUGCAGAACGAGGCGGCAUGCAUCCGCUUCAUUCGAGAGAACACCGAAAUCCCGGUGCCCGAAGUCUUGCAAGCUUAUGACGACAAAGGCGCCUUUGUCCUCACCACAAGGCGGUUGCAUGGCAUCGAAAUGCGCGAGUUGAGUGCCGAGCAGCAAUCUGUUGUCAUGGGGCAGGUUGAGUCCCAUUUGCACACCCUCCGAUCGCUCCGGGGUGUCUACACAGGCGGCCCUACCGGCAUCGUCUGUCCGCCUCCAAGGGUGACUCGAUGGUUCCCCGAGGGCACGACGUGGACCUCAACCGCCCCUGGUCCCGAGGGGCCUGAUCUGGUCUUCUGCCAUGGCGACCUCUCCCAGAGCAACAUUCUCGUCGACCCCAAAACUCUCAAAAUCGAGGCUAUCAUUGAUUGGGAAUUUGCUGGCUUUUGGCCAGAGGACUUCGAGGCGCCCUACUUCAGAGACCCCAGUCCUUCUGGGGCCCAAUUUACCCAACGCGCCUCAAAUGCCCAGCUAAUAGCUUUCAUGGAAAGCCAAGGCCACAAGCUGGAUAAUUAA